GCAAAAAGCAAAACAGAAUUUUUUCCAUGUGUCUUCCAUGGAUUCUGCUUUGAGUUUCAGUUUGAGCUCCUCCCCUGACUUUCUCUAUGAUGGACGGAGACCUUAAACGCCCCAGAAGCUGCACCCUGACAGCAGUGCACGACGUCAUCCUUGAGGACUUGGUCUUCCCAAGCCAAAUUGUGGGCAAGAUGUCCUUCGAGCGAGCCAGGCUCAGCAUGAGGAGCCGCAGAAACGGCAAUUUGGGCAGCACCCGGACCCUGUACUCCAGUGUGUCUCGGAGCAUAGACGUGUCCUACAGUGACAGUGAUUUGGUGAAUUUUAUUCAGGCAAAUUUUAAGAAACGGGAAUGUGUCUUCUUUACGAGAGACUCCAAGGCCAUGGAGAGUGUAUGCCAGUGUGGCUAUGCCCAGAGCCAGCACAUUGAAGGCACCCAGAUCAACGAAAAUGAGAAGUGGAACUAUAAGAAACACACCAAGGAGUUGCCCACAGAUGCCUUUGGUGAUAUCCAGUUUGAGACUCUGGGCAAGAAAGGCAAGUAUAUCCGCUUAUCCUGCGACACGGACUCCGAAACCCUCUAUGAACUGCUGACCCAGCAUUGGCACCUCAAAACACCCAACCUGGUCAUUUCAGUGACUGGUGGCGCCAAAAACUUCGCUUUGAAGCCACGCAUGCGCAAGAUCUUCAGCCGGCUGAUUUACAUUGCACAGUCUAAAGGUGCUUGGAUUCUUACUGGAGGCACUCAUUAUGGUCUGAUGAAGUACAUAGGUGAGGUGGUGAGAGAUAACACCAUCAGCAGGAAUUCAGAAGAGAACAUCGUGGCCAUUGGCAUAGCAGCAUGGGGCAUGGUCUCCAACAGGGACACCCUCAUCAGGAACUGCAAUGAUGAGGGAUAUUUUUCAGCCCAAUAUAUCAUGGAUGACUUCAAGAGAGACCCUCUGUACAUCCUGGACAACAAUCACACCCACCUCCUGCUUGUGGACAACGGAUGUCACGGACACCCCACAGUGGAAGCCAAGCUCAGGAAUCAGCUGGAAAAGUACAUCUCUGAGCGCACCAGUCAAGAUUCCAACUAUGGUGGUAAGAUCCCCAUCGUGUGUUUUGCUCAAGGAGGUGGAAGAGAGACUUUGAAAGCCAUCAACACCUCCAUCAAAAGCAAGAUCCCCUGUGUGGUGGUGGAAGGCUCGGGGCAGAUUGCUGAUGUGAUUGCCAGCCUGGUGGAGGUGGAGGAUGUUUUGACCUCUUCCAUGGUCAAAGAGAAGCUGGUGCGAUUUUUACCACGCACUGUGUCCCGGCUACCUGAAGAGGAGAUUGAGAGCUGGAUCAAGUCGCUCAAAGAAAUUCUUGAGAGUUCCCACCUACUCACAGUUAUUAAGAUGGAAGAGGCUGGUGAUGAGAUCGUGAGCAAUGCCAUUUCCUAUGCUCUGUAUAAAGCCUUCAGCACUAACGAGCAGGACAAAGACAAUUGGAAUGGGCAGCUGAAGCUUCUGCUGGAGUGGAACCAACUGGACCUUGCAAGUGAUGAGAUCUUCACCAAUGACCGCCGGUGGGAGUCUGCUGACCUGCAGGAAGUCAUGUUCACGGCCCUCAUAAAGGACAGGCCCAAGUUUGUCCGCCUCUUUCUGGAGAACGGCCUGAACCUGCAGAAGUUUCUCACCAAUGACGUCCUCACUGAGCUCUUCUCCACCCACUUCAGCACCUUGGUGUACCGGAACCUACAGAUCGCCAAGAACUCCUACAACGACGCACUCCUCACCUUUGUCUGGAAGCUGGUGGCAAACUUCCGCAGAAGCUUCUGGAAGGAGGACAGAAGCAGCAGGGAGGACUUGGAUGUGGAACUCCAUGAUGCUUCCCUCACCACCCGGCACCCUCUGCAAGCUCUCUUCAUCUGGGCCAUCCUUCAGAACAAGAAGGAACUCUCCAAGGUCAUUUGGGAGCAGACCAAAGGCUGUACUCUGGCAGCCUUGGGGGCCAGCAAGCUUCUGAAGACCUUGGCCAAAGUUAAGAAUGACAUCAACGCUGCUGGGGAAUCGGAGGAACUAGCCAAUGAGUAUGAGACCCGAGCAGUGGAGCUAUUCACUGAGUGCUACAGCAGCGAUGAAGACCUGGCAGAGCAGCUACUGGUCUACUCCUGUGAAGCCUGGGGCGGGAGCAACUGUCUGGAGCUGGCGGUGGAGGCUACAGACCAGCAUUUCAUCGCUCAGCCUGGGGUCCAGAAUUUUCUUUCGAAGCAGUGGUAUGGGGAGAUUUCCCGAGACACGAAGAACUGGAAGAUCAUCCUGUGUCUGUUCAUCAUUCCCCUGGUGGGCUGUGGCCUCGUGUCUUUCAGGAAGAAGCCCAUUGACAAGCACAAGAAGCUACUCUGGUACUAUGUGGCCUUCUUCACCUCGCCCUUCGUGGUCUUCUCCUGGAAUGUGGUCUUCUACAUCGCUUUCCUCCUGCUGUUUGCCUACGUGCUGCUCAUGGACUUCCACUCGGUGCCGCACACGCCCGAGCUGAUCCUCUACGCCCUGGUCUUCGUCCUUUUCUGUGAUGAAGUAAGGCAGUGGUACAUGAAUGGAGUGAAUUAUUUUACCGACCUGUGGAACGUUAUGGACACGCUGGGGCUCUUCUACUUCAUCGCGGGUAUUGUGUUCCGCCUCCACUCUUCCAAUAAAAGCUCUUUGUACUCCGGGCGAGUCAUUUUCUGCCUGGAUUACAUUAUAUUCACUCUAAGGCUCAUCCACAUUUUCACUGUUAGCAGGAACUUAGGACCCAAGAUUAUCAUGCUGCAGCGGAUGCUGAUCGACGUUUUCUUCUUCCUGUUCCUCUUUGCUGUGUGGAUGGUGGCCUUCGGAGUGGCCAGACAGGGGAUCCUUAGGCAAAAUGAGCAGCGCUGGAGAUGGAUCUUCCGCUCUGUCAUCUAUGAGCCAUACCUGGCCAUGUUUGGCCAGGUGCCCAGUGAUGUGGAUGGUACCACAUAUGACUUUUCCCACUGCACCUUCUCUGGAAAUGAGUCCAAGCCACUGUGUGUGGAGCUGGACGAGCACAACCUGCCCCGAUUCCCCGAGUGGAUCACCAUCCCGCUGGUGUGCAUCUACAUGCUCUCCACCAACAUCCUGCUGGUCAACCUCCUGGUUGCCAUGUUUGGCUACACGGUGGGCACCGUGCAGGAGAACAAUGACCAGGUCUGGAAAUUCCAGCGGUACUUCCUGGUGCAGGAGUACUGCAACCGCCUCAACAUCCCCUUCCCCUUCGUCGUCUUCGCUUACUUCUACAUGGUGGUGAAGAAGUGUUUCAAGUGCUGCUGUAAAGAGAAGAACAUGGAGUCUUCUGCCUGCUGCUUCAGAAAUGAGGACAAUGAGACUUUGGCGUGGGAGGGCGUCAUGAAGGAGAAUUACCUUGUCAAGAUCAACACGAAAGCCAGCGACAACUCAGAGGAGAUGAGGCAUCGGUUUAGACAACUGGAUACAAAGCUUAACGAUCUCAAAGUUCUUCUGAAAGAGAUUGCUAAUAAAAUCAAAUAAGGUGGGUGACCAUUCAUGGAGAGAAAUCAAAUUGCAAUGAGGACUGGCUCAGCGCAGCAGGAAGGUUGGGACUGUGAUGUGCUAGCCUCUCCCACUGGUCCCUAAUGCUGUCCCGUCACAUUGAUGUCUCACACUGAUCCCUUGUGCUGGCCUCCUGAGCUGCCUCUCACACACUUAUGUCUCCAGGCCUCCAUUGUGGAAGGCUUACACCUGAUGAAAUUAGAAAACUGAGUGGCACUUCCUGAAUAUACUGAAGAAUUCAGGCCCUGGGUACUCAGGAGGAGCCCAUUUCAAUAUCAUCACAAUGAUGUUUAAUUUUGAAGUUUUUAAAAAAUUUAAAAUAAACCGCACUUUGGAUUUUGAGACAGUUUUUUUUUUUUAAUCUAUAAGUUGGAAAAGAAAACAGGAAGAAACUGACAAAACAAAUGAUGAAAAUAAAUUUAAAUGUGAUUAAAGAGUAGAAAUAACCAGACGAGACUCAGGUCCGUGCUGAUACAGCCACCAGGAAGCUCUGAGCCCUUCCUUUCAGCUAUUGACUGUGAUGUGGGCAAACAGACCGGCCUUCUACCCGCCCACCUGCACUUAGCUUUGGCCUUUGCUAAGAUGCUUCGAGUUAACGAAAGGGUGAAUACAAAUGACUCACAAGGAUGUGCCAUCACUCUUGCAUGUGUGUAUGCGCCGCGUGCUGGUGUGUGCACAGUGUGUGUACCAUGUGCUGAGGUGUGCACAGUGUGUGUGCAUAUAUGAGAAAGAAAGACAGGAUGGAAAAAGAAUCUAACAAGUGUCAAAGCCAGGUGUGGCAACUGCUUUUGUGAUGCUGUAAGCAAAACAAACACACAAACAAACAAAAAAGGUGAACCACAUCUGAGGAACAACACCUGAGGCUGUCCUCUAACUUCUAUGUGUAGACAUACACAUACUAGCACACACAUACAGACACACACUAACACACAUAUUGAUACACAUCAACAUUACAGAAACACACAUACUAACACAUACACUGAUACACUAACAUAUACUAACACACACAAUAACAAACUAACAUGCACUGAAAAACAUACUAACACACUAACACACAUACUAACAUGCAUUAACAUACACACACAGAAUAACAAACACUAACACAUACCUUAGUUUGCACACUAACACAUUCUAGUACACAUACUAGUACUAACACAUACUAACACACACACACACACACACACACACACACACACACACACACAAACACACACACAAAUAAUGCCCCAUAAUUUUCUCCCAGUGACAUCUUUAGAAAAACUGAGCCUGUCAGUACUUUCUUGACCUUCCCACCCUUAAGAAAAGUUUAGUGUUACUGGCUGCCAGGCCUAAGUGUCUCAGACUCUAGUCUUCCAGUGUCUCUUGGUGCUCCUUUCUCCAGGGCUCAGGGCGAUCACCUUUCCCUGGGAAGGUGUGACAGGGCAGAGAGGGUCAGCCUCAGGGGAGUGAAAGCUGGCACAGGGGAAGCACAGACAGACAGGAAGUUAGCACUUCUCCCAUCUUCCUCCCUGUGUCAGCCUUUUGUCCAACCACUUGUCUCUAUUUUAUUUUUUCUUUCUCCUACACGACAGCUGGAAGUAAGACUCCAGAGCAAGCAUUUGCUUUCUCUGCUUUGUUCCUCAGGAGUGAGCAGCCUCUCCAAGCACCACAGUGGAGGAAGGUCCUUGGACAUGGCCUGUUUUCCAGAGACCGGUCUUUGGCUUCAUUGUUUUACUUUCUUUCCAAAAGAGAAACCUUUUGACUUUCCUUUGCCAGUCAUUUGGAAACUGCAUUUUGAUAAAUGUUCCAGUUUUCAACUUGGUUAUCUAUUUGAUUUUGAUUUCAUGUAGCGACCACUGAGCAAAUGAAGUCCUUAUUGCUUCCCUGAGGCUUAGCUGAGAUGGAAUGAGUUGGGCCUUGCUUGGUGAACCUCACACACUUUGCACGGGCGGACUCCCAGACAAGCACAGAUAAUGUCACAGGCUAACCUGUUGGUUCCGGUGGCAUGCCCAGACCUCUUCCCAGCACAGUUUGAAACAAGCCUGUGCUAUCACAGAAUGGAGGUAUGAAAAGCAUUCCGAGUUCACCAUCUUCUUUGUUUUCACAGGUCUAACAGCCAUGUGGGUUUGGAGGCUCAUGGGACACUGACGGACAGUGCUGCUAUUGACUUCUAAAGGAGAAUUUUUCAGGUCCCUGAGCACAUAGUCACCCUUGAGGGCAUGAGUAUGGAGGACAUUGCACGUGACAAGAGGUGCAAAGGGUCACGUGUUUCUCCGUGAAGGCGCCUACACUUUCUGCAUCUCAGAGCCUUGUACUGAGGUUGAGGGUUCAAGUGUUUGCACGCCUUCUUCGCCCCUGGAACUUUCCCACCUUCAUCCCUUGCGUCUCCCAUGACUGUAACCCUGGCUCUGAUUUUAUACCUAUACUGUUAUUGUGUUUUUUUCCUACUUUCCCCUUUCCUGCAUUGUAUGAUGAAUUCACUGACAUAUUGUUAAAAAGCCCUAGCACCCUGCCCCCAAAUCAUACCAUAUUCUAAAUACCCUAGGGCAACUUCUCCCUUAUUCCCAUAUCAAAGGAGGGGCACUGAGGCAGUGACUCCUGCUGAAGAGACCAGCCCAGAAGGAACCCUUAAGAGGCACAUUUUGCUCAUUUUGUUUUCACUGGGUGUGCCCCUCCUCCACCCUCUCAUUAUUUCCCCAUUAAAGCUAUCGAAUGAUAUUACAGGAAGUUAGGCAGCAAAGAUGUACAUAAACAACCUCCCACUCCCUCCAGUGAUCACUGCUCACACGUCUGUGUGUUUGCCCAAGUCCAGCUUUUCCUAUGCAUGUUACACUUCACUUACACGCCAUCAUCUGCAUACACAGUUUUCUAUAGGCCUUUACGUCAACUAUUUUAUCAAAGAUGUUUUCUUCAUAGUCUUUCCAAGUGUUCUCAGCACUUCAGUGAUAUUCAGACUUCUAGCAGUUUCCAUGAUAUAGGUCACUGGUAGCUGACGCCACCUGGUCUUUGAAAUGAACAUCUUUGUGCAUGAAUCUUCUUUCUGCAGUAAGAGCAUCAAGAAACCUCCUGUCUAGGACACUAGAUUCUUUGGAAUAUCUGUUAAUUAUCAAGCCACUUGCAAGGCUUUUUUUCAUCAGUGUGUAGCAAAAUAGGAUUUAGCAACUUAUUCAUAAGACCUAAGAUACGCGAGGGCUCUCUCCAUUAGGAUGUGAUAUUCUACUUAACUCUUACUUUAGGAAGAUGCCAGCGUUCUUGUUUAGGCGUUGUGGAGUAUGUGGAUGUUGAUACAGAUUCUGAGUAGCUAUCUAGUUGAGCACUCCACCUCUACCCUUCGCUGGAACAAAAGAGUUGUGCUGAGAGAAUAAGGCAGUGUUAGCACUCAUAACUAAGUUUUUCAACUUUUUCAUCAACCACACAUUCAGCGACUGAAGGAGGGACCCUGAGCAGGAAGCUUGUUGAAUGAAUAUUUUAGGUAGAAGAAUGAUGGAAGCGUUAACCCAGAUGGGUUUAUUUUUAUUUGGCCUGGCUAGUCAAGCCCUGCACGGUGUCAGCAGAGAAUGGAGGAAUAAGGAUGCCUGCUACUUAAACCCAUCCUGGUCUCACAGGACGCUCAUUCAUUGGGGUCUCAGAAGCAGAGAGUGGACGGGGCAAACUGGCAAUAAUGAAAACGGCCAAUGGAUGGAAACUGGAGCAUUUCUGUUAGUGAGAACAUCCCACUUCCAUUUCACCCUGAUGACCAAGGUGCUCGCCAUGUCUGAAACCACCAGGAGGAAGGGUCUGUCCUCUCCAUAGGGAUUUGCAAAAAAUAAAACCUCUGACAGCACACAGACUGUGCAGACAGAAAACCAGAACCAGGCCCUUACCAUCAACUUAAGUGAGGAACCUGAAUAAAAGAAGUAAAAUGUAAAGUUCCCUGUAAGAUUAAAUUAGCCUAAUCUACCUGCCAAUCCCCCGUUAAUGACUGUGCUCACAUGUUCGUAUUUCCACACUCUGUCUCCACCAGCUUAAGAAAACUGUCUUUGUACAUAGGGUGCUCCUGUUGACCCUGAAAAAGAGUUAGACAAUGCUCAGGCUGUGCUCACACUUGGGGGGGGGGAACUGUCAAGCUUUCCAAGUGGGAUCUCCCCAUGAUUAUUCUGCAGGAUGUGUGCUAAUGUGACGCCAUUAUUUCUAAUGUAGCUCAUGAAAUAGCACGUGCUUUGCCCGUUUGUCAAAUCAAAGGUGCUGCAUCCUUUGGUCUGCUACUAAGCCUCCGUAGACUUGUGCACAACUCCAGAGAAUCCUGCAACAUGGCCUCAACCAAUGUGUGAGUGAGAGCAUUAAACCAUGGAGGACUUACCUUGUUUAUGAUGUCAUUCUAGUGGGAGUGGAAGACCAAAUAAAAGUCAUUCUUCGCUGA